GUUCCUGUUCCUCCCAGGCAGAUAUCACAGGGCAGCAGGGCCCUCAACAGCAGGCAAACAUUCCACCCAGAGCCAGAUGAGGAGCUCAAGCAGCAGGAGGAAACAAGAACACCAGGAAUACUUUUCUGCUAUUGCUGGAAGUGUAGAAAAUGCCCUAUGCUGAGAUCACCGUAAAUUUGGGCAAAGUGACUUUAGGAGAAGAAAACAGGAAGAAGAUGACCAAUAGCUGCUUGAAAAGAUACGAGAACUCUAGUAUCAUCCAGGCUGUCUGUGCACUGCUGAAUUCUGGAGGAGGUGUGAUCAAAGCAGAGAUCGAUGACAAAAACUAUAGUUACCGAUGCCACGGCCUGGGACAGGAUUUGGAAACUUCGUUUCAAAAGCUCCUUCCAUCAGGUUCACAGAAGUACCUUGACUGUAUGCAACAGAACCAUGACCUGCUGAUUUUUGUGAAGUCAUGGAGCCCAGAUGCCUCCAGCCUUCCACUGAAGAUUUGCAGUUUACGCUCCAACUUAUACCAGAGAGAUGUGACCUCUGCCAUCAACCUGAGUGCCAGCAGUGCCCUGGAGCUUCUCAAAGAGAAAGAGUCUAGAGCCCAAAGAGGUGCCCCCAGGGUGCAUUCUCAGAAAUGCACCCUCAACAGAUCCAUUCAGGAAGAAGAAGAUAUUAAGGUGUGUGCCUCAGAAUUUUUUAAGAAAGAUAAACUCAAUUAUAAGGAGAAGCUUAACUUCACAGAGUCAACACACGUCGAGUUUAAAAGGUUCACCACCAAAAAGAUUGUCCCUCGGAUUAAAGAGACACUGGCUCAUUAUGUUUCUGCAUUUGCCAACACUCAAGGGGGAUACAUAAUUAUUGGGGUUGAUGAUAAGAGCAAAGAAGUGUUUGGAUGUAAGAAAGAAAAAAUGAACCCCGAAUCACUGAAAACAGAAAUAAAAAACUGCAUAGAAAAGCUGCCCACAUACCACUUCUGUCUCGAAAAGCCCAGGGUGAAUUUCACGACCAAAAUUUUGAAGGUUUACCAAAAAGAAGCCCUGUAUGGCUAUGUCUGUGUGGUUCGAGUAGAGCCCUUUUGCUGUGCCGUGUUUGCGGAGGACCCAGAUUCCUGGAUCAUGAAGGACAAUGUUGUCAAAAGGCUGGGGGCUCAACAGUGGGUGGACAUGAUGCUGGAUAUUCAGCCAGAUCCUUCCAGUUUGCCCGCCACCAAUUCCAGUGCUCACCCGAUUUCAUCAGCUUCACCUGCGCCAAGAAAGCCAGCGUAUCUCACAAAAGCCAUGGAAUGUAAGGAGACCCUGCAGCGCCAUUUGUUUCCAGUGACACAGGCAAACCUACAAUUUCAGCCAGAAUCCCUCUGUAAGAAGCUGUUCUCAGAUCAUCAAGGACUGGAGGACUUACUGAAGGCACAGACACAUCCUUGUUCUCAUGGGAUUGUGAUAGUUUCUAGAAGCUGGGCUGGUGACAUUGGUUUAACGAAAGAGCAGAAUGUCCUAUGUGAUGCUCUCCUGGUAGCAGCCAACAGCCCUCUGGUACUCUACACAAUCUUAACAGAUCCGAGUUGGAAUGGAGGUUCUGACUAUGUGUACAACACCGCCCUUCAGUUAAAGCAGCAGCUCCAGACUCUUGGCGGCUACUCAGGGAAAGUUUGCAUCAUUCCAAGGCAGAUAGACCUGACCAGCAGAGGGCCCAGACCUGAGGAGUCCCCAGUGUACUACCCCAGAUCCUACAUGCUGUCUAGUAAAACGGAAGUAGAGAAUGUGCUACAAGCCCUUGUAGUGGUCUCACUGUGCUCCAGGUCGGUGCUGAGUGACAAGCUGGGCUCCAAGUUUUUCAAGCAGCGUAUAGAAGACCAAUGCAACUCACUCUCCAAGAGCCUCCAGGAAACCCGGGAAUUGUUCAUCCAUUGCUUUCCGGGAAUCAGGAAGACAGCUCUAGCCAUAAAGAUCACGGAGAAAAUUAAGGAUGUGUUCCACUGCAAACCAAAAGAGAUCCUCUAUGUUUGUGAAAAUGACUCCCUCAGGGAUUUUGUGAUGUGAGAAUUUUUACCAUCUAAAAUUCAGGGGGGAAAAAGUCUUCCAACAUAGUCACAAAAGCAAUUUGUUUGAAGUUUAAGGUUUAGAGAUGCUCUUUCACUGUGGGAGUGAAAAGGCCUGAGUUAACGCAGAUUUCCAAAUGUGGUUGACCACUAAAAUGGGUACCUUAUCAUAUUCAACCCCCACACAGGUCAGGGAUGCUUGUCAUUUGUUUGUUUGUAACAGUCUUUCUCCUUAAGCUCAAUCCUCCUGUAUCAGCUUCCUGAGCAUUGAGAUUAUAGAGAUACACCACCAUGCCCAACUGGGACUCUAAUUCAAUUCCACGAUGUGUCCUUAGAUCUAAGAAAAGUAGAAAUGAACCUAUCUUACUUUAAGUAACUUUUUGCUGGAAGGUUUGUGUUUUGGUUAUAUAAUUAGUCACUAUAUCUAUCAGUAAUUUAAAUUUAAAUGCAAUUUAACUUUGUUCAUAAAAUAUUCACACAUUUGAGUUGUUCUGUACCAGCAAUUUUAGAAAAUAUGUAACUUUAAUUCUAAUUGAAAUUUCUAGCUUUCA